GUAAUUUGACUAUAAUUUGUAACAUUUUUCUUUGAUUUUUCUUGUGUUUCUCAAAAUGACUGAUGACAGCGUCGCACACAAAAUGUAUUUUGUCCUGUUUUCAGCAUAUCUUUUUCAAUAAAAUUCAUAUACAUAUAUUUAGUUUCAUUUUUGAAUUAAACUACAUCAAAUCACUUAAAAACCGUUGAUUUCUUUUUUUGUGCUGUUGCAACAAAAUAAAACAAAGUCUAGAAAUUAACACAACAUUUAAAUAAAUUCUAAUCUUUUUUUCACCAUCAUUCCAUCUUUGAGAAAAAAAUUCUUUUAAACAAAUCUACGUUGAAAUGUCAUUUAAUUCGAUGUAUUUUGUGUCUCUUCUGUUGAAAAUUCCUUAAAAUUUAAUGUCUUUGUAUGGAGUACUACGUUUUUUCAUCUCCAAAUGUCAAAAUUUGCUGUUAUAUGUUUGGUUUCGUUACAUUGUUUUUUGUCUAUAAAUAUUAUUUAAAAAAAUCUAUUGAAAAAUCUUUGGCAAACAGAAAAUGAUGUGAUGUAUUUGUUCAGUGAACAAAAAUUGAGUAAUAUUCACUAAUAAAGUUAGCACUGUUGAACUGUUUCUUGAACAAUGUUCACUAGAGAGAACAAAAAAUAGGAAGAAAUGUUGCCCCAAAUUGGAUGCAAUUAAAAGUUAGCUGCAAUUCGGAAUUACUUGAAAAAAUAUUGUCAUCAAAUCAAUUUGUAUCUUCUUCAUGUUUCGUUACUUUUUCUCUCUUCGGAAAAGAGAAUACAAUCAUUUCUCCGGUGCAAAAUGGAAGAAUCCUUUGUAAAAUUGUGUAUAUAUUUAAAUUUUCUGGUGUUUUCUUCCUAAAAUCAAUAUCAAUUUUAUUUACAUAUAAAUUCGGGCGGCACAAACAAUUGCCAUUUACCAUAAAUAUUCAUUUGAUAGAGCUGCCAUUUUUCUUUACCACACACAAUUAUUUUACUUUUAGCUGCAGCUAAAAACUAGAAAAUUUAUUUUCUUCCUUAAAUAUUACCCACUCAAUACACAAUUUGUUUUUAAUUGAAUUUGGCAUUUGUCAAAUAAACUGUUGGUUUUACACCUUUUCUUAUUCCUCAUUGACAUUUCAUUCAACAUGACAAUACGUAUAUAUAGAAAACGUGGAAUUCAGUGAACUCCUCCAAAGAAUAAAACUAAAUCGUCGCGACCUUCCAAAAAGGCAAACAUUGAAACUUCUUACAAAUAUAUGCAACGCAAUUGUUCUCAACAAAAAAAAAUUACGAUUUUCCGAUUUUUUCUUCUUCUAAAAAAAGUCUUUCACAUCAAAUAUCGAACUUUAAGCCGAAAAAAUAGUCAAAUGGUCGGUACUAACAAUUUUAGAAAAAAAAUCAUGAUCUUCUUGAUUACAUUGCAAGUAAUUCCUCGGUAAAUUUCUUCUCAAUUUCUCCCUUGUAAAUACAUAAUCUCCGCUUCUGGUUGAAGCUUUUGACAUUUAAUGCCUACGCAAUGUACUGGUUGAUUCUCAAUUAUGCGUGUGCUCUCGUUGACUUAUUAAUCACUAACCGAGUUGCUGUGCGAUGACGGUGUGUUUGCAUUGAUGGCGGCAGGUGGAACGUUGGGUAAAACAUUGGAGCUGUGCCGUGUUUUGCGCGAGCCUUCGCAUUCAGUGGUGGGCGCUAUGGAAUUGGACAAUGCGUUUGUUUUGUUAAAAUCGAUGGUCACAUAGUCGAAUGCUUUACGCUGGGGACUGUCUGGCAGCAUCAAUGACGACACUGAAUGCGUAGUUGUGCUUGCACUCACCGAAGGACUCAUGGUCGCGGAUGCAAUGGCAUUUGGAUUUUUCACCGGUGAUGAACUUGAGCUUAACGUUGUCUCUGUAUUGGCAUUUCCACCUGCAGCGGGUGCAGUUGGUUGUGAAUGGCUUUGAUCUAAAUCGAGUACAAUAUAGUUAACACCUCCACUGUUGUUCGGUGUUGAUGGUUCGGAAAUGUUUUCGUUAAUGAUUGUGGGUGAAUUGAUAACGCUGUCCGUUUUCAAUAGAGACAAACGACGAUUCUGGUUCCGUAACAAAAUCGGUCGAACUUCAUUCGGCUCUAAAUUCUCAUAGCAAUGCGUCGAAUCGACUAAAUAAUUGUUAUUGUUGAUAUUAUUCCGAAAGAGUUGGCUUUGUUUGUAAUCACCGAGCAGUACUUUUGGUGUUGAUGCAGCGCUCGAGCUAAUUUCACCCGGUGUCAUGUUGACAUUUACGUAUGUGGGUAUCGAGUCCGAUGUAUCGUUCGAUUGUGUCGGUGAAACGGGUAGCGAAUGUGGGAGAUUUUCAUUGCUCAACAUUUGGUUGCCAUUGAAUUGAUUUGCAUUGGCUAUCACUUGUGAAUGAAGGGCAGACGCAUCGAUUGGUGAUGAAAAACUGUUGGCGGCCGUCGGUGCAUAUUCCUGCGGCGGAAUAUCCAACGACAAUUUUUUCACACAAUUCUCACGGCUGUUACUGUCUUUGGUAUUAUUGCCGCGCAACACAAAUUCCGAAUACAAAUUGCUCACACCAUUGUUGUUGAGCCCCGUGUUUGGCAAUGGAUUUAGUGAAGUGACUUCGAGAAUGUUGUUUAAACUGCUUGGCGAACUGGGUGACAAUGGUUCAACGGAAAUUGUUCCAUCGGCUAAUGUAUGAAAAUGUGGCAUGGUUCGAUUUAAAUUUGUCGCUAAAAUUGGCUCCAAAUAAUUCGUAUCCGAUGCAUCAUAGCUGCGACGUUGGUCGUCGGAUGGCACAUUUCGUAGUGUAUUCGUAUUGGAUGAUCGUGAAUUUGGCAAAAUAUACGAUCCAACCAUAUUGUUUGUGGUUGAAUUUUGAUUGCUCAGCGUUGACAUUGGCGACGAUGCAUCGUUGCGUGAUAUCGUUGAAUUGCCCAUUGUAUCAUCGCCCACCGUUGUUGACAUUUGAAUAUAAGUUUGGAGUGUUUGAAAGAGUGUCUCAGCCCGGCGACAUUUGAACGCAUAAAUCCCUUCGCCCGUCGCACAUCGUCGGCCAACUUCAAACGAAAAUAAUUCCGUAUCAUAACCAUAGCGUCGUAAGCACUUCAAAGGCCAUCGGGUCGGCUCUAAAUUCUUGCGAUACAAUGUGAUUUCCGUUCGCGACAAACCCAAUUGGCCAUUCCACAGUGAUACGCCAUUAUCAUCGAUAUUUGUUACCCGAAAUAUAUUCGAACUAGCGUCGCUCAAUUCCAUUUUGCUGUUGCUGCGACUAGCGCUGCUCAUACAGCUACCCAUUUGGAUGUGAAAAAAAAUUGACGUUUUUUUUCCUUCUAUUCACUACACACAAACACUAGACUAGUACCAGAGUUCAAUGAACUUUUCUCGAUUCAUUGUGCGAUGCACUUUUUAUGCGCAUCAAUUAUGUCUCGCUCAAUUUUCCAUCGUUUUUUUUUCUCUGGUUUAGUUCUGUCUUUUUUUAUUCACAUGUUUUUGUGCCAAAAUGGAAAGACAAACAAAAUAUUCACUCUGUGCUCAAUGCAAUAUUCUUAUUGGAAGCCUUAAAACACUUGUAUUUUCAUUGGUUGACAUUCGAUCACAUAUUUUCUAUGUUUUGCAUUGGACGUGUCUAUGUCUCUGUCUUUGUAUGACAAACUACGCACUUUGCAGCAGCAUUACACUUUGAAAAUAAAUGAAUUUCUUCAUGUGAUUUGAUGAAUUUCUUUUAUCGAUUUAUUUCGCCACUUUUUGAGUUUUUUCCAAUAAUUCAACAAUUCCACAACAUUUAACUUAAUGUGGACUCUUUUUUUUAUGGACUAAAUAAAAUGAAUACCAGCCAGUAGAACAAAGAAAAAUGUCAAAUGCAAAUGUAAUCUCAAACACGACAGGAGUAUUUUUUUUCGCUUUCUCUCUUUCUUUCUAUUUGUCGAUGUGUGCAGAACACCAAAAAUUAAAAUCACAACACAAUUCACGUCACAAUCGAGUAAAAAAAUGCGUAGCUUAUCAAUCAAUUUAGAGUUGAAUUUAGAUUUUUUUGGAUAAAAAAAUGUCCGCGACGAGAUAGAGAAAACACAGAAUAGUGAGUAGAGAUGGAAGCGAUUUUCAAAAGCGAAUCAAUCAGCAAAACAAAAAUGAAAAACAUAUAGUGUAUUUUUCAUCGAAUUUCAAGGCCGUUCUGACAUAUCUAUCGCUCGCUGUGUAUUGGAUUGUGUCGCUGUUCUACGUCGAAAUGUCUAGGUGAAUGAACAACCGCAAACUGAUGAGCAAACGCAGAAAUGUCUAAUGCAUCGUUCACACGGCGGAUGGCGAUUAUGUUUACAUCAAUCAGUUGGAUGUUUGUGUGAGGCAAAAAAUGCAAAUGUGAUGGAAAAAUCCAUGGAUUUUUUUGUUUAAUUGCAUCCGAAAAUGCCAACUUUUAAUGUUAAAGUAAAAUGGGGCCGUGAGAAUUUCCCAAAAAUUGAAGUAAACACGGACGAAGACCCGAUGGUUUUCAAGGCACAACUGUUUGCAUUGACUGGCGUUCAACCACACCGGCAAAAGGUUAUGUGCAAAGGAGUCGCCCUUAAAGAUGACGAAUGGAACUUUACAUUGAAAGAUGGUGCAGUAAUUUUGUUGCUUGGUACAACAAAGGAUGAUUUAAUUGAGUCCGAGCCAAUUGAACGACCGAAAUUCAUAGAAGAUAUGAACGAAUCGGAAUUAGCUUCAGCUUUGAAAUUGCCAGCUGGUCUAACCAAUCUCGGUAAUACGUGCUACAUGAAUGCUGUCGUCCAAUGUUUAAAAUCGGUUCCAGAGCUUCGAGAUUCACUAAAAGAGUACAAGGAAGAUUUUUCGAUCAGUUCGUUAGCUUCCGCCCAAUCGAUUACGGCCGCUAUGCGAUCGGUUUUCGAUCAAAUGGACAGUGGCAAUACAGUGACACCGGUUUUGCUGUUGCAAACUCUGCACAUGGCAUUCCCGCAGUUUGCCCAAACCGGAGAGAAUGGCGCCUACAGGCAACAAGAUGCCAACGAGUGUUGGUCAGAGUUAUUGAAAAUGCUGCAGCAAAAGUUGAAGCCCAUUAAGAAAGGCGAACUGAGUCCAAGCUAUAAUUCGUUGGUUGAUCAAUUCUUCGGCGGUACAUUCGACGUAGAAAUGAAAUGCUCGGAGGCUGAAGAUGAGCAACCAACUCACAGCAAAGAAAAUUUCCUGCAGUUGAGUUGCUUCAUUUCGCAAGAAGUCAAGUACAUGUUAAGCGGAAUUAAAUCGAAACUCCAAGAACAGCUAACGAAGAAAUCGCCAACGCUCGACCGAGAUGCACUUUAUACUCGAACUUCAAAAAUCAGUCGUUUGCCGGCUUAUUUAACUGUGAAUUUCGUACGGUUUCAAUACAAAGGCAAGGAAGGGAUCAAUGCUAAAGUGUUGAAAGAUAUCAAAUUCCCCAUCGAUUUCGAUGCAUUUGAAUUGUGCAGUAAAUCACUUCAAGAGGAAUUGACACCAAUGCGAUCGAAAUUCAAGGAAAUUGAAGAUGCUGCCCUUCAGAAUCCGAAAUCCAAGGAGAAACAGCUGAAGCCAACGGAGGAAGAUGAUAAAACAAUGGCUUUGCCGUUCUCCUUCGACGGUGAUAUUGGGAGCAAUAAUAGUGGCUAUUACACUUUGCAUGCAGUUUUAACACAUCAAGGUCGCUCAAGUUCGUCAGGCCAUUAUGUUGGUUGGGUACGUAAAUCACCCACCGAAGAUAAGUGGUACAAAUUUGAUGACGAUGCUGUUAGUCCCAUAACAUCAGAGGAAAUCCUUCGUUUGAGUGGCGGUGGCGAUUGGCAUUGUGCAUAUGUUCUUUUGUAUGGACCUCGAGUUUUACGCGUACCGGCUGAAGAACCAAUGCAAGAAUAAGCAUUUAACUGGAGAUUCACCCCAAAACUAUUCUUAACUUAUGAUUUUUGCUUGCAAAACCAAUGUCAAAUUUAUAUAGAAAAUGUAAACAUUUUUGGACGAUAUACAUUUGUUUUAGUAAGAUUUUUUGUAAACCACACAAAGUGUUUGUCGAAUUGAAUGUUCAAUAUUGAUUUCAUUAAAAGACUUUUUCAUAAUUUAAAAA